AUGACCGAAGCCGAGCUCAAGCAGCUCUUUACCACGGGGGACAAGGGCCUCGAGCCCGAUGUCCUGUCCGAACUGCAGUCCAUCAUGCGCUUGCACGAGCUUUCCGCCGAGGACCUUUUCUACAAAUGGGAGUCGUACUGCAUCAAGAUGGACAUAGACGCCAUGAACCCCCAGAUCAGCCCUAUGCGCAACUUCAAGAAAGAUCUCCAGGACGCAUUGGAGAGGGCCAACAAGCAACAGACACACAUCAAGACCGAGAAGCGCGCACACGGUACCCCAAGGGCGAGAGGCGGGGAUGUGUUCGGCAUGCUGGAUGGCCUGGUGCCCAGCACUCCGUCGUCUGGGAGGUUGAACAAACCGAGCAGUUUGCGGAAGAAGGAGACACCAACCAUGUCAAGGAUCAAGGCAGAGAUUACGUCUAGUUCUCCGGAGUACAAGGGGUCGUCGAAGAUGGAGGACCAACUCAGUUCCAUGCAGUCCCCGAGUUCCUUCAACGACAGACAGAAUGCCGGCGAUACGAUUGAAGUGCUAAACGACCACCUCAACGCCCCCGAAGUCCCAAUCUGCCCUUAUUCCGAACCCCGCAUCAAGUUGACGGCCGCAUCAGACCAAAAGAAGCUUGCGUACAAGCCCCUUGCUAUGAAGCUGUCUGAAGCGUCAGAGAUUCUCGACGACAGGAUAGACGAGUUCAUGGGCAUCGUCCAAGAGUACCACAAGCUUGAUCUUUCGGAGUUUGGUAAUGCGGCAUCUCAGAGCACUACGGCUGUAAUUGCUGUCGGUCGCAUUGCGUCCGAUGCGCCGGAGGGAAAGCUGAACGCGGCGUCUCUGGUACUGGAGCUGUCGAGGCGGAUGGGUGGCGGUCAACGAGUCUCGUUGAAUAUGCGCAGUGUCAAGAAGGGCUUCAGCUUCUUCCCUGGUCAAAUCGUGGCAUUGAAGGGUAUCAACACCUCCGGCAACGAAUUUCUAGUCGAGGAAGUUCUUGAAGUGCCCCUCUUUCCCAAUGCCGCCUCGACGCCUGCUACAUUGGCUGCACACCGCGAAAAACUGCGAGGAGACGCAGACGCCAUGGACACCGACUCGGACCCUGCACCGCUGAACGUUAUCUACGCUUCCGGGCCCUACACCGCAGACGACAACCUCGAUUUCGAGCCUCUGCAUGCCCUCUGCGACCAGGCGGCCGAUACGUAUGCCGAUGCUCUGGUUCUCACUGGACCGUUCAUUGACAGUGAACAUCCUCUGAUUGCCAUGGGCGACUUCGACCUUCCCGAGGAAGCCGUCAUCGACCCGGACACCGCCACUAUGUCCACUGUCUUCAAGUACCUUUUCUCUCCUGCACUCAACCGUCUCGUCUCGGCGAACCCUAGUAUCACCAUACUCCUCAUCCCAUCGGUGCGAGAUGUCAUCGACAAGCACGUCUCAUGGCCUCAAGACUCUGUCUUGAAGAAGGACCUUGGCCUGCCAAAGACAGCAAGAAUCGUCACCAACCCCAUGACCUUGUCGAUGAAUGAAAUGGUUAUGGGCAUUUCUUCCCAGGAUAUUCUCUGGCAGCUGAAGCACGAAGAGCUUGCAGCACGCCCAUCAGACACCAACCCUCUCUCAAGACUUUCCCGGCAUCUACUCGAGCAGAGGCACUUCUUCCCGCUGUUCCCACCCACAGACCGUCAAAAGCUGCCCAAGACAGGCACAGAGGAGGGCAUGCCACCAGGCGCCAUGCUGGAUAUCAGCUACCUUAAGCUCGGCGAGAUGGUAAACGUUCGCCCUGAUGUUUUGAUUGUCCCCAGUUUCCUCCCGCCGUUCGCAAAGGUCGUCGAGAGCGUGCUCGUAAUCAACCCAGGCUACCUAUCCAAGAGGCGAGGCGCAGGCACGUAUGCGCGCUUGACGCUGUUCCCACCAAAGGUCGACGCUUCAUCAGACACCAUGGUGAGCCAUGGUAUCUUUGAUCGCGCGCGUGUGGAGGUCAAGAAAAUCUGA